AUGUUUCUACAAAUCUUGAAGAUAUUGUUAGUGAUCUUAUUAGCACAGUUUUGUUCAUGGGCAUAUCAAAAUACUCUGCCACCACCUCCCAAGAAGCUGGGAUCGCCAGAUGGACUUCCUCUUACCUCUCAAAGGAUAGCGCUCCGUGAUGGAAGACAUUUGUCGUAUUUAGAGUUUGGUGUCACAAAAGAUGUUGCCAGAUCCAAAAUAAUUUCUGUUCAUUGCUUCGAUGGUAGCAAGUAUCAUGAUCCUCUAGCAGCCUUUGCCUCGCCGGCCCUGAUUGAAGAACUAGGAGUGUACAUUGUGGUAUUUGAUAGGCCUGGUUAUGGAGAGAGUGACCCCGACCCUAAUCGAACUGUUAAGAGUUUGGCUUUGGAUAUCGAGGAGCUGGCUGAUCAUUUGAAUCUGGGGCCAAAGUUUUAUGUAGCCGGAUUCUCCAUGGGUGGACAAAUCAUUUGGUCUUGUCUCAAGUAUAUUCCUCACAGGUUGGCAGGAGCUAUACUUAUUUCUCCGGUCGUAAAUUAUUGGUGGCCUAACCUACCUUCAAAGUUAACCAAUGAAGCAUAUUCUAAACAACUCAAACAGGAUCAAUGGUCUAUGCGUGUCGCUCACUACCUGCCAUGGCUAACCUACUGGUGGAACACCCGAACAUGGUUUCCAUCUUAUUCUAUUAUUGCCGGAAACCCAAUAAUCUAUACGUCUGCAGAUGUGGAAAUUAUUACGAAAGUACUUGGUGCCAUGCCCCCAAAUCAGGCAAAGUUGAUAACAUCACAACCAAGACUACAAGGAGAAUAUGAGUCCCUUCAUCGUGACUUGAAUAUUGGAUUUGGGAAUUGGGAAUUUGAUCCAAUGGAUCUUGAAAAUCCAUUUCCAGAUAACAAUGGAUCAGUCCACUUAUGGAUGGGUGAUGAAGAUUUGAUUAUACCCGUGACACUGCAACGCUACAUAGCUCAGCAAAUUGGAUGGAUCAACUAUCACGAGGUCACUGGUGGCGGACACAUGUUUUCUUGUGCGAAUGGGGUGAGCAAUGCAAUUCUUAAAGAGGCCAUGGGAUAG